AUGGCUUCCGUCAUGCAGCGACCCAGAUCGACGCAGCCGGUCAGCCACGAUGUCAACUACGGUGAUAUUCAGCGUGGUCCAGCUCUGUCAUCAUCAUCGUCGAAUGCUGCUGGUCGCCAAACCCAAGGUGCAGUACCUCAGCCCCCGAGUGUCUUCGAGGGGGAUGUGCACUACCGCAACGAACACUUUGGCGACGGUGCCUCCCAUCACUACGGUGGCGGACCCAGCGCUGCCGACAGAGGGUCCUCGUUUACUGGAGGUGUCGACGGUGGCCGCUACUUCGGUGGUGACCCCUAUAUGCGUGGAGGACACGUCUCUUCUGGCUACGGGCAUGGCCUCACUCACGUUCAGGGCCAUGGCGACAGCCAGCAUGGCUAUUACGGCGGCUACGAAGACGAGGCAGCUUUGCUCGCUGACUCGUCUUCGGCACCACCAGGCGCCUCCGGCUUCGAAACCGACUUCGAGCUCGACCUGGCUGCAAGCCACCUCAACGCGACACUGGCUGGUGGUGGUGCCUCCGGUGCUGCGGUGCCCGACACCCCGUUUCGGGAAGCAGCAGAGAUGCAAGAUGCCCCCUCUGACGCUGAUCUCGCCACUGCGGGCUCGUUUCAAUUUCCAGAGCUGCCAGCCUCGCUGCUCGAUCAAGGGCCCGAGUAUGAAUAUUCAUCCCACACUCAGACCAACGUGUUCGAUGCGGUGCAGGAGUACGGUGAUGAGGGCGAUGAUGAGGCGGCGCGUUAUUAUGGCUUAGACCGAUAUGAUCCCGCACUCCUUGACUCGGUCACAACGGCGCAGGGCGCCCUGGGCGCAGACGAAACUCUUUGGGCCUACGAUGGUCCUCAGCACCACGAUCCACUAACAGCCAUGAGCCAGAUCAGCGGCGCAGACGCCUUCUCGACCCUCCAAGGUGCCUCGCCCUCGUUCCUCGGCGACUAUGCAGACGAGCCCUCGACGGCCCCCACCUCGAGGGCAUCUGAGUGGCGUGGGGAGGCAGGUGGCAGCGGCAGUGGAGGUGCUGUUGGUGGCAACAAUGCAAGUAAUGGCGGCGGGGGCGCAUUCUUGCCCCGGAACUCGCCUUACGGUUCGUCCAUGCAUCACACGCCCAAACGACGCCGUGACUCGCCAACCCAGCUCUCGCCCCAUCUUUCCUCUGCAAACGCCGCCCCGGGCUCGCACUGGAACAGUCGAAUUGAAGGUUGGCGCCAGCCUCACGCCGUCGGGGCCAUGGCCGCCCUGGGACCUCCUCCCUCUGUGCGCCGAAGCCUAAAUCAGCAAGCGCUCUACAGCAGCAACAGCAGCGGUAAUGUCAGCAGCGGCACCGCCAACGGUGCCAAUUCAUCGUCGGACAUGGGCCCGCCAUCGUCAUCGAGCAAUGCCGCCUCGAACCAGCAGCAGCACUAUAUGCCGCGUCUGAAGGCAUCCUCUGCCGAUGGUCAAAUGGUCCUUCAGCCCCAGGCUCUUUCUAAGCAGCAGCAGCAGCAGCAGCAAUCCUCGCCGGACGUGCAAGUCCCUCCAAACCUGGCCGGUGUCCCGCCGUCAGUCAUUGCGACGGCUGCCUCUGCACCUCCAAACUCGAAUUCGACUUCGUCUGCCCCGCCGCUCAACAAUGCCGCCAACUCUGGCUCGCAAUCGCAGGCCGAGAUGCUCAAUGCGCUCGGCAAUGCGAUGGACUCGGCUCUCGAGACCGAAGGUGUGGCCAAGUGCCCAUAUCCAGACUGCAACAAGACGUUUGCAAAGAACAGAAGUUACAACCUCAAAGCGCACCUCCGAAGCCAUUCGCAGCUCAAGCCGUUCGCGUGCGCCCACUGUCCUCGGGCCUUCAGCCGCAAACACGACCUCGAAAGGCACGCCAGGGUCCACUCGGGCGACAAACCGUACAUUUGUGAAGCGUGCGGCAAAGGCUUUCCGCGCUCCGAUGCCCUUAGGCGACACUGGCGUGUGGAGAAGGAGUGCGGCGACAAGGCAGCCGAGAUCGAGGCAGGCCAACCGCUGCCAAGCCUUCCGCCGGGCGUCAAUGCAGUCCCAGCCCAGGCCACACAGCCCGUGCCUGGAUUCGCAAACAUGUCUACGCCAUCAAGCAACGGAGGCCAGGGACCCACAACGACUGCAACGCCGCAUUCAAUCUACUACUCUUCAUCUGGUGCCAGCGGCGGAUGGGACACGGCAGCUUAUGCCACUAGCAGCAACGGGGGUGAUCGAAAGCGAAUCAAGACCGACUUAUAG